CCCGGGCGGCCCCCGGCCCCCGCCCCGGCCGCCGCCGCCGCCGCCGCGCUGGACUCGCACUGCGGCCGCCGCUUCAACUCCACCGUGUCGGGGCUCUGGAGGCGCUGCCACCGCGCGGGCUACGAGCCGGACAGCGAGGAGCUCAUCCGGAAAGGAGUUAUUCAGCGCUGCACCGCUGUGAAGUACCACUAUACCUCCAGCUCUCUGCCUCGCAACUUACCCAUCAACAUCACCAACACCAUCCGGCAGGACGAGUGGCAUGCUCUCCAUCUGCGGAGGAUGACAGCUGGCUUCAUCGGCAUGGCAGUCUCCAUCAUCCUGUUUGGGUGGAUCAUUGGCGUGCUGGGCUGCUGCAAACAGCAGGAGCUGAUGCAGUACGUGGCCGGGCUGCUCUUCCUGAUGGGAGGUACGUGUUGUAUCAUCUCACUCUGCACAUGCGUAGCCGGGAUCAAUUUUGAGUUAUCUCGCUAUCCUCGCUACGUCUACGGGCUGCCGGAGGACAUCAGUCAUGGCUAUGGCUGGUCCAUGUUCUGUGCCUGGGGAGGCCUGGGCCUCACCCUGCUGGCUGGGUUCCUCUGCACACUGGCCCCGUCACUCAACACUUCGCGGGCAUCCGUACAAAAACCCAGACAAGAAAACGGGGCCGUGUGACCUCGGCGGGAGUGAGGAGAGACUCUGGGACGCGCAGCCUGGGCAGAGCUGUGGGUUAACACCGGAAGAGGUGGCACGUCAGCACGUGGGAGCAGUGCCAUAGCGGUGGGAAGUACCAGCCUGUGGGACGCUGCUACAGACGCGUCAUGGACACAGACAUUGCAAGUAACUCCAGGUUUGAAUUAUUGCUGAUUUGCUCAUUGACGGUUUAAAGGGGGACAGUUCUUUUGUUUUGUUUUUCUUCUGUUUACAAGGGAUUAAGUCCAAGGCUGUGUCUUCUUUUGUGCUGUUUUUUGAACUGUACCUCCAUGGUCCUGUUAUUGUCCAGUUGUAAGGGAUGUUUACGCACCAACUCUAUUGCUGCAGGUCUGUGUAAUUCAGACCCAAAUUAGGGAAGGAGCUAUGUGAGGUUGGCUUGAACACUUUUGCAACAGACUUGUCUAGUGUUGGCUCAGGCCAUCAUUUCCCAAAAUAACCUUGAUCUAAGCCGAGGUUUAGGCCAAAGAAUUAGCCCAUCAUUAGUAUUAAUUCAUCUAAAGCAGAAAUCUGUGCUAUUCUAUGCUGUAGUAUCAGCUAUUUACUCACCACUGAAGGUGUUUCCAAAAGCAAGCCUCUGAAAAUUUCUUACUGGCUUUUUAGGAGAGGAGGGGAAGGUUUUCCUCAGCUUCUUACACAGGUGAGGUUUGGCUAACGUCCCCUUGCUUAACAUGGAGAUGUAUGCAACGUGCAGCUUGUAACAAUUCCGCUAGAGGCCAGGGUACAUUUCUGAAAGUAAGUCAUAGUUUGAACUGCUGGGAUCAACUUUCACCACCCAAAUAACUCAUGGGUGCAACUCCUGUUCUGUGAAAGGAGAUGAGUAAUUUUCCCCAAGCUCGAAUAGCAGUACUGCUGAAAUAGCAGAAUGUACAGCCCCCUCCAAUAUUCACGUCCAAAGGAACUGCAGUGUAUUUUCCUCAGGAACACGUGGCUUCUGCUCACUUCACCACCCACCCACCCCUUUAUAGUGUCAAAUGCCCCCUGAGCACGGCACGGCAGGAACAUGCGUGCUCCACUGGAACAAGCUCCCUCCAAAAUGGACCUUGGAACCAGUGCAAGUACUAGGGCUAACUCAGGAACAUCAGCCAAAGUACUUUGGGGUGUGUUUUUCUUUCAUUCACCUAUUCUUUCUUCCCUUACAUCCCUGCCCCUCUCCCAAGUGUCCAAAAACUGCACAGAUAAAGAUGAGAUGGCCAGCAUUUGGAGAUGUUUACAUUGUAUUUCAAAUACAAUACAGUGGCAUGUAAGAUACUUAAUGCUAAAGUCAGUGUAUUUAUGAAAAGUGUAAUUUUUAAAUGGAAGUUUUAAUUCUCAACUGGCAUUAAAAGUACUGAAAGACUUGCUCAGUG